AUGAGUGCAAAAAAAGUUGCAGUGAUUGGUGCUGGGGUCAGUGGAUUGGGUGCCAUUAAGAGCUGCUUGGAAGAGGGACUGGAGCCUAUGUGUUUUGAAAACAGCAAUGACAUUGGAGGACUGUGGAGAUAUGAGGAAACACCUAAAAGUGGAUGUCCUGGGAUAUACAAAUCUUUGACCUGCAACACGUCCAAGGAGAUGACAGCCUUCAGUGACUACCCUAUUCCUGACCAUUAUCCCAACUACAUGCACCAUUCCAAAAUGAUGGAGUAUCUCAGGAUGUACGCCAGGCACUUUGGGCUUAUGAAACACAUCCAGUUUCUGACAAAGGUGUGCAGUGUGAGGAAGCGCCCUGAUUUUUCAUCCUCCGGCCAGUGGGAUGUUGUGGUAGAAGCUGAUGGGAAGCAGAAAACAUAUGUCUUUGAUGGAGUCAUGAUCUGCAGUGGCCAUUACACUGAAAAGUAUUUGCCCUUAGAGGAUUUUGAAGGGAUCACGAAGUUCAGAGGCAAGUAUCUUCACACUUGGGAGUACAAGAAUCUGGACAAUUUUGUGGGGAAGAGAGUGGUUGUGGUUGGCAUCGGAAAUUCUGGAGCAGAUGUGGCUGGCGAGAUCAGUCGUGUUGCUGAACAGGUUUUCCUCAGCACAAGACAAGGUACGUGGAUAUGGACCAGGGUUUGGGAUAACGGAAAUCCCAUGGACACCACACUCUUCACUCGCUACAAUAGAACAGUCCAAAAAUUCUGUCCAACAUUCCUGAUCAACAGAUGGAUGGAGAAUAAAUUAAAUGCAAGGUUUAACCAUGCUAAUUAUGUACAGCCUAAACAUAGAUUUCUCAGUCAUCAGGCGAUUUUUGGUGAUGACCUGCCAAAUCACAUAAUUACUGGAAGAGUGUUGGUGAAACCAAAUGUGAAGGAGUUCACCAAGACAUCGGCCAUUUUUGAAGAUGGAACUGAAGAGAGCAUUGAUGCUAUUGUCUUUGCCACGGGCUACACCUUCUCUUUCCCUUUUCUGGAGGAUGACUUAGCAAUCCUGGACAGCCGGCACUCCAUGUUUAAGUUUGUCUUCCCUCCUCAGCUGGAGAAGCCAACACUGGCUUUCAUUGGCAUCCUCCAGCCAGUGGGAGCCACAAUCCCCACAUCAGAACUCCAAAGCCGAUGGGUGGUACAUGUGUUUGCAGGACUGAAAAAAUUACCCUCAGAGAGUGACAUGAUGAAUGACAUCAAUAGAAGAAAAAGGAAAAUGGCAAAAGAGUUUGUGAAUAGUCCAAGAGAUAUACAUCGAGUGCAGUAUAUUGACUACAUGGAUGAAAUUGCUUCCGAUUUAGGAGUCAAACCCAACCUCUUCUCUCUCCUCCUCUGGGAUACAAAGCUGGCCAAGGAGAUUUUCUUUGGUCCCUGCACCCCAUAUCAGUACCGUCUGCAGGGGCCAGGGAAAUGGGCCGGAGCCCGGACAGCCAUCCUCACUCAGAGAGACCGCAUCUUCAAACCCCUGAGAACACGUGUGCUCAAACACUCUGGGUCUUCCUCCUCUAGUCUCUUUUGGAUAAAAAUUAUCUGCACUGUCAUUUUUCUCUUUGUUCCUAUAUUGGCCAUCAUACAAAUGAUUUAUCAUUAA